UACCUGUUGCCCCCCUACUGAAACUGGUAGUGGACAUAGCGAGACACGACUGGCCGCAUUUCUAUCCGGAUUUUUACUCUAAUAUUUUACAGCUGUUGGGCCACAAACACACAAGACUGCUGGGACUUGUAUAUUUGAGAACAGCUUUGGAGGAACUAGCCACGCCGAGAGAGGAUUUACCAAUGCACAGGAAAAGCGAGCUAUUCAGGCUGUUAAGUGCACAAGUGCCUCUGACUUUGGAUACACUUACAGUUCUUCUGAAAGAAACUACAAACGUGCAAAGCCGUUCUGGGACCGUGACACCACCUCCGUCACCUACCAGCGGACAAAGUCUUGCACCUGCGCGAGCGGUGCUGGACGUCGAGGGAUUAGCAACGGGAACGAGUGAAGUUUGCACAGCUACUCUUGAAGUUCUGGCGCACCUGUUUAGUUGGAUAGACGUGUCGGGCAGUAUCUCCAGUAACUUGAUAGAUGCCAUUUUUACAUGUGCCAAAUACCACGAUGCGAUGAAUGGCAAGCAAAUUGAGAUGGCCGUUCAAGCUUUGACUACAAUCCAUGAACUUUUAUACAGACCAUUCUCGCCCGACGAGACUGAUACAUUGUUACUGGAGAUAUUUCAGAAUGGCGUUGGUUUAUUCCAGUUAAUGGAACGUCUGGACUCGGUAGAGGAGAGCUACAUGGAAAAAAUGACCGAGUUUUUGCAAUUGUUUAUAACGAAUCACAUGAAAAAGAUGGAGUCAAGCUCAAAGUUUCCAGUAAAUACAUUAUUGGAGCGGAUCUUACAAAAAAUGAGUUUUAAAUUGAACGCUCGGGUAUUGAGAGAUCUCGACACGGAAAAUUUGGACGAGAAUGAAGAAACAGAAUGGCAACAUUUUCUAAGGUGCAAUAUAGAAUGUUUGGCAAAGAUUGCUGACAUUUCACCUAUCCCGAUAUUUACGUUAUUGUACCGUUCGUGGAGAGAAGGAUUAAUCGUUUUUGGUGAAUUAGGCGCGGCAGUCGCUAAUGGCCGAGUUAUUUUAUUAAAUGAUGCAGAGGCAUCAAAUGUGCAUGCACAUCUGAGAGAUCUAGCAUCGAUUACGCAAGCUUUAACCAGGCUAUAUUUCCUUUUCAUCGGAGAUCAAGCAAACAUCGAUCAAGGUUUAGCCGAAGAAGUUGUGUCACAAACUCUAGAGGCGUGUAUGUUUGCGAGAGAUAAUCAGCUGUAUAAAGCAGCGAUACAACCAGCCGCUAUCGUAAUAGAUCUCAUAGAAGUACAUUCACAGCUUUUGGCUUCUCUUCAAGCAUGGUGUCAUUGGAUAGCCAGAAGACCGAAGGCUAAGGAAACGCUCUGUCAGCGUUGCAUCGAUUCGUGUCUUUGGGCAACGACGUAUACCGCGUCCUGCGACCAUCCGCCUCCUCCAAAUCUCAUCCACUCUGCCAUUCAUCUUUUUCAAAGUAUCACCGCCAUUUUAAAGCCCAUCUUAUGGGACCAACCGACUUUCAGGAAUCUAAUUUCUAUGGGCACGUAUCCGUACUUGAAAUCAGAUACGAUUAAAGUUCUACGUAGAGCAUUGAUAAACGGGAUUAUAUUACCACCUUUGGACUUGCGGGGUACGCCGGGCGAAUCGCCGCAAGCCGGCGACGGGCGAAGCAGGUAA